AUGAUGCAAAAGCUCUCAACUAGAAAUUAAGCAAUAGAUAAGGACUUUCUAGGAGAGGGCAGAAGAACAGACGAAGUUCAAUUGAACUCUAAUUUACUACCUUUCUACUAGCAGUAAACAAAUACAGCUACUGUUUCAACAAUUAGAUCCCAAGACGGUUAGCUUGUUUCUAUUGGCAAUGAUCAGUAUUCUAGUAAUUACGCCAAGCAGAACUCUUAGCAACCUAGGAUCAAGAGAAAUUUAGAGCUCUAGAGAGAUCUUUCAAAUGACAACAAGGCCAGCUAUAACAUCAACAAAAAUAGUGUCAAUAUUCAGAUUUAGUAAAAUACAUAGUCUGUCUAUGACCCUCUUAGAAUGUCUCAGCCUGUAUUAGAGACUGGGCUGCCUAUCCAAGGUACCCAAGCCUAGAAUAAUGCUUAAACAAGUGAGAGACAGCAUUCUAGAGGCGGGGGCAAUAGAUAUUCUAAACUGUAAACUUUAAAGAAUAAGGCGUUAAGAAUAAUAUUGAAGGAGGGAGAAACUGCUGAGGAAGAAAUAGACGAGGAAGAUAAUCAGGAUUUGGAAAGACUGAUAAAGGAGAUCGAUAUGCAUACAACCACUUUUCUGACUCAUGCGAACUACCUUAACACAAGUGUCUCCAAAUUGCCAGGAGUGCAAAACUUCAAUGUCAAACUAGAGAAUUCAUAUCAAGAUGACAACACCAUUAUUGAAUCAAUGACUAACAUGCAGUAAAUCUAGCAGAGUAUUGAAAAUCUCUCUAACUUUAUAAAAUUCGACAUCAAAGACAUUAAGCAGCUUCAGAUCUUCCUUUAAAACUUCAAGAACAAUCUCAAGAUGCGCAGACGUCGAGUCAUUGAGAAAAAGAAGCUCCGACUUAAAAAAGACUAUAUUGACACUGCCCCGAAGCGUCAGGAAUACAUUUCAGACAAUACGAAUUUCUUCGUUCAGAGGAAAAACUUGAGUUCAUAGAGAACUAAGACGAGAAGGAAUGAGGGGAGCAGAGUACUCUAGAAUGUCAACUCAACUCAUUUAAACGAACACUACAGCAGCAGUCUGAUCAAUUAAGAUUUCUUCAAAGUGGAUCAGAAUAAAAGCUCAUAGCAGCAAAAGCAGAUGCAAACUUCACAUACUGCAGGCUAGCAGACUCAGCAACAGAUGAAUUUCAAACCACCAGAUUCCCUAACCUCUAUUCAGAAUCAGUAUAUUUAUAAAGAUGAGAGGCUCAGAUUCAAACUGAAGGAGGGCACUGAGAAACUAGCAUCAGUUAUGGAUUAAUUUAUCAAUGACACCAGUCAUAAUAGCAACAAGAGAGCUUAUACACCAUCUUCGUUUGAUAGUAAGAGAAGCAGCACCUUUCGCAAGUAUCUCUAGAGCAAAGUUAUCAACAGUAAAAUGUACUAACCUUAUGUUAAAAAUCAGAGUAACUAUCAGCCAUAUUCCUCUAUCAAAACUGGUGGGGUCUAUAAUCCAGCUCCAGACUAAAGUACCUUUAUAGGUAAACUAAAGUCUAAAUACUCCUUAAUCAAUCCCAAUGGUCAAGUGUAAAGCUCGAACAGAUCAGGUCAGAUCCAGUAUAAAAUCUAUGAGGAUGUAGAGAAGUCAGCCAAGUACUAUCUUAAUACAGAUAUGUAUCUCAAUGAUCACACUAUCAACAACUCCUUUUAUAGCAAUAACAAUAAAGAUGGGAAUAGUAUUAAUCCAGUUAAUGUGAAUAAUUAGUAGUAGAACUAGUUAGAUACUAGUAUCACGGAUGAAAUCGACCCAAAGUACAGCUAGCUGAAGAUAGUCUAGGGCAGCAAGUCACUCAAGAAAGUAGUCACGCCUAAUAAGCUUAGCAUAAUUAAUAGCCAGAACACCUAUUAUGGCCACUAAUCUUCAAGCAAAAAGCAUCCUACUCACUCCUCAUAAUCCUUAAUCAACACUAAGCUUAGCAAAAGCAAUGGCAAUUAGGCUAAUAUAUAAACUAGAAGUUCAAUUGAAUUUCGCUAGAGUGGUUUGAAUAUCAUUUUAGAUAGCAACAGAUCUCCAAUGUCUAAUGGAAUGUCCAACAAGAUCAAUCUGCUCAGGAGCCCCACACAAGAAAUUAUGAAAGAUACAAUAAACUCUGGAAAUCAAAGCAGGAUUAAACCCAAGGAUCAGACUCUUUGGUCUGUUGUCAAGUCCUCUUAAGACUCUAUAAUGUUUAUGGUUGAGCCAGACUAGGACGCCUAGCAGUAAUGCAAUCAGAAAAAGCGAAAGAAUGUAUUCAAGACUUCUAACUAGAAUAAGAAUUGA